ACCCUAGCAUGGCAGAGUAGGCUACGCGGUGACGAGUAAAACGUCCGUGUCUGCUUCGAGCAAACGGAUACCACGCCAAAGAGAGGCACUGGGGGGGUGGAAAUACAACUAACUGUCGCUAAUUUUGUAUUAAGUUUAAGUCAAGGUGACAUUGCUUAUGUUAAGUUAGAAAUUAACUGACCAAUUCAAAUGCUGAGUUCCGUUGCCGAACGUCGAUGACACACAACGUAAACUAAAGUUACACUAGUAAAGAUGUGUCGAGUUACUUGUAAGCCUACUCUUUGCGAUGCCUAAUCACAGUAGAGUGAUUUAUCAGUAUAGUCUACGCCAGCAGGCGUCUUCCAGACGAAUAAUAUAACUUCUCAUACAAACUCAAAUGUCCCUUAAAAUGCGAUUGUGCGGGUGAUUUAGCUCGCUAGCUAACGAUUAGUGUUUUAUUGAGUUGCGCCCGACUUCCUCAGCGCAAGCUGUGCUGUACCUCGAUGGUAAGCAGUGAGGUCGGCGCUCCAGCUUUCCCGGUUGGAUUUACAUAUGUGUAUUUCCGUGGGAAAGGCGAAGGAGCUCCUUCAAUGGCAGUCUUUCAGGAACCGGGAAGGAAACACAACGGGUAACCCAACGCUGGUGGCACGAAAAAGUUUAAAAAUCGUCCUCGCAGGAGUUGGCUUUUGGAACUUUUGUUGGACUACAUUUCCUAAGUGUUGUUUAACUAUUUUGGACCGCCGGCUUCAACAACAACCACUUUCCUGGGGACAUAUUGUUUGUUCGUCGACAGUUGUGGAGUUGUGUGGCUCAGUGGGGCGAUGGCGGGCAGCGGUGGCGUGUCUCCGCCGGGGACUGCUCCUCCUCUGUGGUAUCACCGGGAUCUGAGUCGCGCUGCUGCGGAGGAGUUGCUGGCGCGGGCCGGGCGGGACGGCAGUUUCCUGGUGCGGGAUAGCGAGAGCGUCAACGGGGCAUACGCCCUGUGCGUCCUGUUCCAGAAACAUGUGCACACCUACAGAAUUUUGCCUGAUGAAGAGAACUUCUUGGCAGUGCAGACCUCUCAGGGAGUUCAGCCAAAGAGGUUUCGGACUCUCUCUGAGCUCAUUCAGUUGUAUCUGCAGCCUGGACAAGGCCUGGUGACCACUCUACUGCUCCCUAUAGAGAGAGAGGAGAGUGCUGAAGAGAAGGACUACUCAGAUGGAGAGGACGAGAAGCCCCCACUCCCCCCUCGCACUGCCUCUACCAGCAGCCCAAACUCUGCAGUAGUUGCCCAGGACACGCCCACUGACUGUGCGGUAGCGUCUAACGGGCUGAGUACCAUCUCUCAUGAGUAUCUGAAGGGCAGCUAUGCUCUGGACCUGGAGGCCGUCAAGCAGGGAGCCAGCAACCUGCCCCACCUCAACAACACUCUGGUGUCGUCCUGCAAACGCCUGCACGGUGAGGUGGAUAAGGUGUUGGCUGGCCUGGAGAUCCUGUCCAAAGUGUUUGAUCAGCAGAGUGCGUCCAUGGUGUCCAGGAUGAUCCAACAGUCAGUGUCUCAGGGUGGCGAUGAGGAACUAGAGCACUUGGUCACCAAACUAGCCAUCCUCAAAGACCUCCUGUCAUCCAUAGAGAAGAAGGCUCUGAAGGCCCUGCAGGACAUGAGUGCGUCCACCCCCAGCAUCCCCCCUCUGGUCUACACCCGCCACAGCAAAAUCAUCCCCGUGCAGACGUUUGAGGUUAAGCUGGAUGUGAACCUGGCGGACCUCACGAAGCUGGGCAAGUCUCAGAAACACACCCUCUCUGUGGAUGUGGAGGCAGGAAAGCUGGUCGUCACCAGGAAGAUCAAGGACUCCCAAGAGGACUGGACCACCUACACACACGACAAGAUUCGGCAGCUAAUUAAGUCCCAGAGGGUGCAGAAUAAACUGGGCAUCGUCUUUGAGAAGGAGAAGGACAGGAGUCAGAGGAAAGACUUCAUAUUUGCCAGCGCAAAGAAGCGGGAAGCGUUCUGUCAGCUGCUGCAGCUUAUGAAGAACAAACAUUCCAACCAGGAUGAGCCUGACAUGAUCUCCGUCUUCAUCGGGACCUGGAACAUGGGCAGUGUCCCCCCGCCCAAGUCGGUGGGCUCGUGGCUGCUGUGUCGGGGGCUGGGCAAGACUCUGGACGAGCUGACGGUGGCCAUCCCCCACGACAUCUACGUGUUGGGCUCCCAGGAGAACUCCGUGUGUGAGCGCGAGUGGGUGGAGGCCCUGCGCUCCGCCCUCAAAGAGCACACCGACAUCGACUUCAAACAGAUUGCAGUGCAGACGCUGUGGAACAUCAAGCUUGCGGUUCUAGUCAAACCUGAGCACGAGAACCGAAUCAGUCAUGUUGGGAUGUCCAGCGUCAAAACUGGCAUCGCCAACACACUCGGCAACAAAGGCGCUGUAGGCGUGUCCUUCAUGUUCAAUGGAACCUCCUUUGGCUUUGUCAACUGCCACCUGACCUCAGGGAAUGAGAAGAUUCACAGGCGUAACCAGAAUUACCUUGAUAUCCUGCGUCUGCUGUCUCUGGGUGAUAAGCAGCUCGGCUCCUUCGACAUCUCGCUGAAGUUUACACACCUGUUCUGGUUUGGGGAUCUCAACUACAGGCUGGAUAUGGACAUCCAGGAAAUCCUAAACUACAUCAACAGGAAGGAGUUUGAGCCGUUGCUAAAGGUGGAUCAGCUUAAUCUGGAGCGGGAGAAAAAUAAGGUCUUCCUGCGCUUUGCGGAAGAGGAAAUCUCCUUACCCCCAGCGCACCACCGUUAUGGAGGAUCCCGAGAUACCGUUGGCAAAAAACAAAAAGGCCACUGGGGUUGUACUGACGACAUCAUCACUAGUGAUCACUCUCCCGUGUUUGGCACCUUUGAAGUGGGCGUGACAUCACAGUUUGUCUCCAAGAAAGGUCUCCCCAAGUCUUCAGAGCAGGCGUAUAUAGAGUUUGAGAGCAUCGAGGCCAUCGUGAAGACGGCCAGCCGAACCAAGUUCUUCAUCGAGUUCUACUCCACCUGUCUGGAGGAGUUUAAGAAGUGUUAUGAGAAUGACUCCCAGUCCAGCGAUAAUGUGAAUUUCCUGCGUGUUGGUUGGUCCAGUAAGCAGCUGACCACCCUUAAGCCCCUCCUCUCUGACAUCGAGUACCUGCAGGACCAACACCUGCUUCUCACCGUCAAAUCAGUGGACGGAUACGAGUCCUACGGAGAGUGUGUGUUGGCGCUCAAGUCCAUGAUUGGCAGCACGGCCCAGCAGUUCCACACAUACCUUUCUCACCGGGGAGAGGAGACCGGAAACAUCCGCGGAUCAAUGAGGUCAGUGCCCUGGAUCAGUGUGGAUAAGGACGAGAGUGGACCCAAGAGCAGGUCAACACUGCCCUCUAGAGGUGGACACGAUUACGUCAAACCUUCCCCAAGCCGUAAGCUGGUCGGUGCGGAGGAAGGAGAGAGGACAACAAACAGCCGCCCCCCUCACACACACACACACACAUCAGCUGGGAAAGAAGACAACACACAGACCAGACUCUAUAUGGAGGCAUUAGCUACAAUAACCCGCCUACUACAUCAUGAAGGUGGCGCUAGCCAAUCAGCUUCAGCUCUGGCCUCAGACCUGCUCCCUAGCCCCGCCCAGCCAUCCACAGCCAGCAAAUCAGCAGCUGCUGGAGGGGCGGGCAAGAGCAAACCGCCCACAGGAGCUCCCGGCCAAUCGCGUCGCCCCAGCACUGGACGCACCGCCGUCCGGCCAAUCAGCGGGAGGAUGCGUCCGGAGCGGACAGCUGCAAUGGGGCGAGAGGCACCAGGCGGAGCUAUCAAACUGCCAGACCUGAAAACCCCGCCCGCAGCAGUGUCUAAGCCACGCCUCUCCCCUGGACUAGCCACACCCCCUGGACUAACCACGCCCCCAGAGAGUGGCUCCUUUAGCCUGGAGCCGCCCACUCUCAGCCCUCCACCCAAUCCGCCGUUCCGCAGGGCGGGGGUGGGCGGGCCGUCGGGGCUGGACGACCAAUCGUGUUCCGUUUUGCAGAUGGCGAAGACACUGAGUGAGGCCGAAUACCCAGCUGGAGGAAGGGGGUGUGGUCUCAGGCCAGAUGGAGGCGGGGUUGUGCUCAGGGGGGCGGGACUUACCGACGGCUGCAGAACCUUCCCACCACGAGCAAUUCAGGAGGAGACUGGCACUGAGGAUCUGCCAGAGGAGGUGCUGUGGCAGGGAGGCAGCAGUUGCAGCAGUCUGUCAGUAGAGGGCAGUGUUGAAGCAGCUUGCAUCAGUGCUGGGAGGCUACUUGGCUGGGAUGACCUAGAGUUCCUCAGUGACAUCACAGAGGAAGAUCUAGAGGAGGCGGGGGUGCUUGACCCCGCCCACAAGCAGAUCCUAUUGGCCAGCCUCAGGCAGCAGCAGAAGUGACCCAGCAGAAUGACCCAGCAGAAGUGACCCAGCCCACUCACCCGCAUCCAAUCAGAUGCUAAUCUGGUGUCCAAUCGGAUCCUAGUUUGCCCUCCCAGGGU